AUGCGAGAUCGGCUAGACCCCCUGAGACGAGUCAACAGUCUGGAUGAACCUUUGAAGAACGUCGGCGUCGUCAGAAACAUCCCGAUUCGGAUCGUUGAACAGGUUGGAAUGAUCCGAAAAAAUGAUCUUUAGGGUUUCAAAAUAGCACUAGAAUCAAAAAAUGCAGUUUUUCGAAUCUUAACCCAUAGGUUUCUAAGGUGUGAACGUUUCAAAGUAAAAAAAAAGACCUGAAAGAUCCUAAGAACGCUGUAAAAUUUCACGCUUCUGGAACUAGAAGGUCCUUAACCAAGAUAGUUACACGGGGGGCGGGGCUAUAUCUAUAUUCCAAAAAAACUAAGACAAUUAAAUGUUUUGAACCCUCGAAUUUAUUUUUGAAAAACAGUUUUUCGAAUACAGAUUCGAAACCAACGUUAAAAACUGCAUUUAGUGUACUAUACUAAACAAAAUUAUUAAAAAAAUAGGGAUAAAAAAUAAUCCAGAUCGAGGAAUUCUAAUAAUUUUACCUUGUGACGAUCACGAUGUCUUUGAGUGACGAAAAUUCUGAUAUUUUCGAAAAAAUUUGGUUUUUCAAGCCUCUCAGCCCAAAAAAUCAACAUCAUGGGAAAAUUUUGGGCCUUGAACUUGUGACUUUGGAAUGGUUUUUGGUUUUUAUGAGUCAUAAACGAUUUUAUUCAUGUUUGAAUUCAAUUACGACGACUUUUGGUCGCAUUUGGAAUGGUUAGACGCGUCGCGGUUGCGUUGCGGACCACGUUAAAAUGACAAAAAUUGGGCACAUUUUGAAAAAUAUAAAGAAGAUAUGACGCCAAAAAGGAUAUUUUCUGAGUUCUGAGCCAAUUUGAAAUUCUCGAGCCGCAUUUGGAAUGGUUAGAAGGUGAGACGCGUCGCGGUUGCGUUGCGGUCCACGUAGGAACUCUAAAAUUGUGCAAAAGUUGAAAAACAUAAUGAAAAUAUGACGUCAAAAGGAUAUUUACUGAGUUCCGAAUAUAAUUUGGAAUUCUAGGCCGCAUUUGGAAUGGGUAAACGCGACGUGUAUGGACUUUAAGGCCAUUUUUUUGGAACCAUGAAUUUUUUUUAUCACUACAAUAAAGAGGAAACGUUUUAAAACAGGAAUUUCAUGUUGUUACUGUAAUUUGGAAAACCUUCAGAAGACCCCGGAGCCGCCGACGUCGUCGUUCAGCACGCCGCUGAACGAUCCGCCCGUCGCCAGGUUUUUCGAUGACGUCGGCCGUCGAUUCAGCGAUUUUCCGGCCAGUCAGCCCCGAGAGAUCCGCAGGACUGUUAGGUGA